AUGGGCCACUCUUUCAGCUCUCCUCCACCACCCGAACUUCCAGCUCUUGAAACUCCAGCACGUAAACAUGCUCGCACCGAUGGCGAUGACAAUUCGGAAACGGAAGACUUUACAACAUCUGUACCGGCCACUCCAAUGCCUCACACGAACAUUUUGACCUUUGCGAGGCGUUACGCAGUGGAGAAAAACCUCAAACCCGCCCAAAUGCAGGAAGUCCUCGACUUUGUCAAGCGUCCUUUGGAUGAGCGCUUCCUCAUGUUAUUCGUGGCCUGUAUCCAAAGCCGCGACAACGAAGCUAGUCUCGCUCGCGCCCUCGCGUCCUGGGUUCCAUCAAGCACCACUGAGACGAACAUCCAAACCUACAGUCGACUUGUAAUGCUCUCACCGAAGCUCAAGGGGUACAAGGAUAGUGUGGCAGAAAAGUACCUUUGGACAAUCACACGGAACUUACGUUGGGACAUACCUGAUGCAGUUUUUUCAAACCCUGCUGCAACGGGCAAGCUUACAGAGCGAAUCCGAUACCACCUAACUCAAAAUCGCUCCACGUUGAAAAAAAAAAUUGCUGCGAGCCUCGUCGGAAAGACGAAGGAUGAACAUCAACAUAUUUUUACCCUUGCACAAGCUGUGGUAGCCAACACAUCAAUGACGGUCUCCAUUCAACUAUGUGCACGUCUGGCCCUCCUGCGAGCCGAGUACAUUGAUUUUCCCGGCUCUACCUUCUAUUCAAAGGUUGAUGCACGGCUUUCCACUAUCAGAACCAAUUUCAGAGACAAUCCAAGUAAGAUUACGAGAUUCUUCCAUGAAGUUCUGAAUGUCGACGUGGCAUCUCAUGGCCACUCUAACCUCGACAUCGAAAUUCUCGCAUCAGAAACCCAACCUUCAGAAACCAAGUUAGAAGUUGAGAAGACGAUCGACAAUGCAAACGAUGCCGGCGUCCCUUUCGCGGAAAUUCGGGCAACUAUGGCCACUCUGACUUCUGGUGUAGCAUUGGCCAAUAUGUCAGUAGUUGGGGCAUCGGCAGGUGAUGAUACCACGGGAGGAGCUGGGACAAGCGGGUUGGCAUGA